AUGAAUUUAGAUCCAAAGGUGGAAUUAGAAGUGCACAGGCAAUUUCGAUAUGUAGCAAUUGGUGCAAUAACAAUAUCAAUAUUUUCUGUUUCAUUGGCAAUUUUAACAGUACCGCUUCUCUAUAGCUAUGCGCAUCAUUUACAUUCAAAAGUUUUGGAUGGAAUAGAUUUUUGUAAAAUGAAUUCUCGAGAUAUGUGGUCCCAAAUGUAUGCUAUUCAAAAUCGACAUCAAAUAAGACGUGAAAAACGUGGUUGGUUGUUUGGAGAAUGGCGUGAUGAUGGUAUUGGUGAUGCAGGUGGAAAUGGCGCUUAUGGUGCACCUGCAGCAGCGCCUGUAUAUGAACCACCAGCAGCACCAGAUUCAGAAAAGGGAGUAGUAAUACAAAUGAUGCGCUGCAUGUGCCCACAUGGACCACCGGGACCACCGGGACCACCGGGAUAUGAUGGUAAACAUGGUAGAGAUGGACAGCCUGGAAGGCAUGGAAAUUAUGGGAGAAAUGGUAGUGUGAUGCCGUAUGAUGGCUUAAGGAAUGAACCUUGUGUAAUUUGUAUGCCUGGUCCACCUGGACCACCGGGACAACCUGGUAAUAAGGGACCACCAGGACCGCGGGGUGAAUCGGGAGAGCCAGGUCAUGAUGGAAAAAUAGGACGUCAGGGAAUGAUUGGACAACCUGGGCCAGCAGGUAGAAUAGGUGAACCCGGACCUAGGGGUAAAAGAGGAGAAGAUGGGAAACUUAUUAAAAUAGAAGGACCUCCUGGUACUCCGGGACCUGAUGGACCAAUGGGACAAGAUGGUAUGAAAGGACCAAAAGGAGAUCGUGGACAGACUAUUCCUGGACCUCCGGGACCACCGGGCGAAAGUGGAAAAAAAGGUAAAAGUGGUAAAAAAGGACCACCAGGAUUACCAGGACCGAAAGGCUUACAUGGUAAUGAUGGUACUUGCGGCCAUUGUCCAUCGCCGCGAACUCCACCCGGCUAUUAA